AAAAAAAAGGGGUGAACACACGGAAUAUUUGAUGAUGAUUGACGGCCUCUCUCUCCCUAUCGUCUCACGAUCGGCAUGCAUGGGCGAUGAGGAAUAUUACGAUACAUGCUUCCCCGAGGACGUCACCCCCCUUUUUGCUUGGCCCUCCAAAGGAAAAGUCUUUCCCGGGCAGCAUCCUUUCAGUUUCUUUCUUUUUAUUGUCCUUCCUUCUUCUUCCUUAUCCCCCUCUCGGCACGAUGGAUGACUUUGGUUUGCAUCGCAAGGCCCUGGCCCGUUCCUGGGAUGAACUUAGUAAGAAGAGCAAGUUCCCCGUCAUCAUCGGCCCCGUCUUCCCCAGAUGGAGUACGAGGCAUGAUGAUCAUCCUCUGGACCGAUUGACCUGAUUCGCCCCGGGUUGAUCAAUAUCAUUCUUGCC